CCUCCAACAUCCAACAUCGUCCAGACAUGUUGGCUCAAGUUGGGGCUCCAGCGCCUUCGAGUCAAGCUUUUGUUGUGCUUGCGCUUUGAUCUAGCUGAUUACUCCGACUUGGCGCUUACCGUUGCACAAAUGGGCUCAUUCACGAGGCGUGGUUCAUCUCUGCCGCGCAGGCAGGAAGAUCACCCCAUUUUGCAGUCGAGCGGCGGCGAGUCGUGGAAGACCGUUGACGAAUUCGACCACCCGCGCGGGGGCGCUCUGUUUCUUGCGACUGCAGGCGCUCCUCUGCUCCAUCCCGCCGCGGGGGCGGCGCCAGCCUGUUCGCCGACCAGGCCGUCUGGCAUGCCGCAGCGCUCUGCCGCCGAGGCAGGGCUCGCCGCAGGCACCCCCGGGCGAGCCAGACCGCGCGGCGCGGGCGAGACAGCCGGCCAGCGGAGGGUUGGCAGGGGCCUCCAGUGGCACGCCCGCGGCCGCCAGGGCGCCGGCAAACAUGCGUGCCCGGCUCCUGGCGCAGGAGCAGCUGCUGGCCAACGUCCAGCAGCAGGCCCAAGAGGUCAGGCGGAGGAUUCGCGAGCACGAGGCCGACCUGGCGGAGAUGGAGCUUCGGCAGGGCGAGCUCGUUGACAGCAUGCAGGCAGCUACCGAGGAGGCGACGCCCGCCACCUCUGGCGCUCCAGCCAUCACCACGUUCAUGAUGAACAACAUUCCGAUGUCUGCAACGCAGAGUGAUCUGCUGGACCUGAUCGACAGGACUGGUUUCGCGGGCCGUUACGACUACGCCUACAUGCCGACAACUUUCGACACUGGGACCACUAAGGAGAUCGCAUUUGUAAAUUUUGCCACCGCAAGCGACGCCAGCAGGUUCUCCAUCUGGUGUAACGGAUCGCGGCUGACCGGAGUUGCCGGCGCUGGAACCAACGGGACAGUGAUCGAGGUCAGCGCGUCGGCGACGCAGGACUAUUCGGAGAACGCCAGGAUGUGGCAGGCGAGCCAGCUGCGCCGCAUUAACAACCCCAAGUUCCACCCCUUCAUCGCCCCGAGGCCAGCUGCCUGGUGAACGCGAGGUCGACAGUUUCAUUGGACGCGCGGGAUGUGGGGGUUGAGGGGGGGAGCGCGGAGGAGGCCAAGGAGGGCGAGGACGAGGACGCGGGUAGCGCGCAGCGCGCCCUGAAGCGAUCCAGUUGACGGCGCUGGGCGCGAGCAAGGCGGGCCAUGUGCCGAGAGGUUUUUUUUUAGUCGCGCGCGCGUGCGUGCGUUCUUGAAGAAAAGGGAUGCGGGUGAUGCCG